AUGUUAUGUGCAUCCAGCGACCAGGGCGAAAAGGCAAAUGACGAGGAAUAUCCGCACGACGCGAAUCCCGCCAACAUCAUCCGCAUUGGAGCAGCGGCAGCCACGGGCAACAACGCCGAGUACGUCAAUAAAAACAAGAAGGGCACCAAUUCUGGGCUCUUUAUAUGGGCUGACCUGUUCCAGCCCAUUCGCAAGCAAAUAGAUGAAGUCAAACACAGGCAAGGCGAAACUGCCAAGAGUUUGAAGAAGCUUGAGAUAGAAGUCUAA